UCAUGGUAAAAUGGCAGAAGCAAGUGUUGCAGUGGAUCAGAACCAGUUCAGCUGUCCAAUCUGUCUGGAUUUACUGAAGGAUCCAGUGACUACUUCCUGUGGACACAAUUACUGUAUGAGAUGCAUUAAGAGCUGCUGGGAUCAGGAGGAUCAUGCUGGAGUUUACAGCUGCCCCCAGUGCAGACAGACCUUCACAUCCAGACCUGUUCUGGGCAGAAAUACCAUGCUGGCUGAAGUGGUGGAGAACCUGAAGAAGACUGCAACUGCAGAUGUGGAGUGUGACAUCUGUACUGGGAGAAAACGCAAAGCUGUUAAGUCCUGCCUGGUGUGUCUGGCCUCUUACUGUGAAAUUGACCUGCAGCUUCACAAUAAACUCCACAGUGCAAAACAGCACAAGCUCAUUGAUGCCAUCAGCCAUCUGAAGGACAAGGUCUGUUCCCAGCAUGUCAAACCCCUGGAGAUCUACUGCCGUACCGACCAGCAGUGCAUCUGUUAUCUCUGUACGAUGGAUGAACACAGAGGCCAUGAUACAGUCUCAGCUGCUGCAGGAAGGGAGGAGAUACAGACACAAAUUGGUGAAAAACAGAGGGAAUUUCAGCAGGGAAUUCAGACGAGAGAGAAGGAGCUGCAGGAGCUGAGAGAGGCUGUGGGCUCAUUCACAAGAUCAGCACAGUCAGCAGUGAAGGACAGCGAGAAUAUCUUCAUUGAGAUUAUCCGCUCCAUUAAGAAAAGACGUUCUGAUGUGAGAGAGCUGAUCAGAGAUCAGGAGAAGGCUGCAGUGGAUCAGGCUGAAGGACACAUGGAGAGACUGGAGAAAGAGAUUGAUGAACUGAAGAGGAGACACUCUGAGCUGGAACAGCUUUCACACACAGAAGAUCACAUCCAUGUCCUCCAGAGGUGCCAGGAUGUUCCUGUCACCCCUGAAGCUGGAUUUGGACCCAGAAUAUCAGUCAGUUCACAAAGCUGUUUUGGGAAUGUGAGGAUGGUCAUUUCUGAACUGAAGGAUCAACUGGAGAAUGUUUGCGAAAAAAAAACAGCAGAGAUCCAUCACACAGUUACCAAAGACACCAUCCCACCAGUAUCUGUGUCCACGACCAGAUCAGAAUUCUUACAAUCUACUGAAGUGACCAUGUCACCUGUAUCUGUGCCCAGGACCACAGCAGGAUUCUUACAAUCUACUAAAGUGAGCAUGUCACCAGUAUCCGUGCCCAGGACCACAGCAGGAUUCUUACCAUUUACUAAAGUGACCAUGUCAUCUGUAUCUGUGCCCAGGACAACAGCAGGAUUCUUACCAUCUACUAAAGUGACCAUGUCACCUGUAUCUGUGCCCAGGACCACAGCAGGAUUCUUACCAUCUACUAAAGUGACCAUGUCACCUGUAUCUGUGCCCAGGACCACAGCAGGAUUCUUACAAUCUACUGAAGUGACCAUGUCACCUGUAUCUGUGCCCAGGACCACAGCAGGAUUCUUACAAUCUACUAAAGUGAGCAUGUCACCAGUAUCCGUGCCCAGGACCACAGCAGGAUUCUUACCAUCUACUAAAGUGACCAUGUCACCUGUAUCUGUGCCCAGGACCACAGCAGGAUUCUUACAAUACUCCUGCCAGCUGACAUUGGACCCCAACACAGCACACAGAUGCCUGUCUCUGUCAGAGGGGAACAGGAAGGUGACAUGGGGGGCAGAGCAGCCAUAUCCUGAUCAUCCAGAGAGAUUUGACUGGUGGGACCAAAUUCUGUGCAAAGAGAGUUUUACUAGUCACGCUUACUGGGAGGCUGAGUGGAGUGGAGGUGGAGCUGAAAUAGGAGUGACUUAUAAAGGAAUCGGGAGGAAAGGAUGGAGUGAUGACUGUCGGCUUGGAAUGAAUGACAAGUCAUGGAUGCUGAGCUGCUCUCCUUGCCGUUACUCUGUCUGGCACAAUAAUAAAGAGAUUGACAUACCCAUAAAGCCCUCAGACUCCCGCAGAGUAGGAGUGUAUCUAGACUGGAUGGCUGAUACUCUGUCCUUCUACAGAGUCUCCUCUGAAGGACUGACCCUCCUGUACAGCUUCACCGCCUCAUUCACUGAUCCCCUCUGCCCAGCGUUUUGGGUUUAUUAUACAAAAUCCUCCGUGUCGCUGUGCAUGCUGGGAUAGCUCACUGUGUGCUGGAGGAAUCAUUUUUACCUUAUCAGUGUCACAUGUUGCUACUUUUCCACGGCAAAACCUAAAAUCUCUGCUUUUUAACCAGUAUAACCUUUUUUACUCUGUAAGUGUAAUGCAUGUUUGGCAAAAAUAAAUAACUGGGUUCAGCAAGCUGAACAGACAUGUAAAAUGACUGUUUUUCUCUCUAAUUAAAAUGUCAUGAAACGUGAUCCUCAUGGGGAGUGGCGGCUUUUCCCCUCCCCUGUAUAAGUACAUUUUAUAUAUUUCUGUUUACAUUUGUGCUCUGUCAUAUUUGCUACCUGUACACUGACAAUAAAGGCUUCCUAUUCUA